GGCCGGGCGGGGGCGGGGCUCGGGCAGGCCCCGCCCUGCCGGGGGGGGCGCAGCGCCCCCGCGAGCGGCUCAUGCCGAGGGCACGGAGGGGCGAGGGGCGGCAGGAUGGAGGAGGCGGGCGGGUGCCGGGGGGCCUUCGUGGGCCCCCCGCCGUGGGAGCGGCCCGCGGGGGAGCUGGAGUACGUGGACCUGGAUGAAUUCCUGCGGGAGCACGGGCUGCCCCCCAGCCCCGACCCCCCCCCCGCCCACGCGAGACCGGCCGCCCCCGGCCCCCCCCGGGGCCCCCCCACUCCCCCGGCGCCGGGGGAGCCGCUGCUGGAGGCUGAGGCGCUGGGGGGGGCCGGGGGGGGCCCCUUCGACCCCCGGCGGCUCCGCUUCUCCCAGGACGAGCUGCGACCCCAGCCCAUCGCCAGGAAGGCCCGGAAGGUCCACGUGCCCGAGGAGCAGAAGGAUGAGAAGUACUGGAGCCGGCGCAGCAAGAACAACGCGGCGGCGAAGCGCUCGCGGGACGCGCGGCGGCUGAAGGAGAACCAGAUCUCGGUGCGCGCCGCCUUCCUCGAGCGGGAGAACGCGGCGCUGCGGCAGGAGGUGGCGGCCGCCCGCCGGGAGCUCGCCCGCUUCCGCGCGCUGCUGGCGCGCUACGAGGCCCGCCACGGCGCCCUGUAGGGCCCCGGCACCCCGAGGGGGCCCCGGCACCCCGAGGGGAUCCUGGCACCCCGGGGGGACCCCCGGCACGGCGCCCCGAGGGGGCCCCGGCACCCCAAAGGGAUCCUCAGCACGGUGCCCUGUAGGGCCCCGGCACCCCAAGGGGGUCCCGGCACCCCAAAGGGAUCCCCAGCACCCCGAGGGGAUCCUGGCACCCCGAGGGGACCCCCGGCACAGUGCCCUGUAGGGCCCCGGCACCCCGAGGGGGCCCCGGCACCCCAAAGGGAUCCCUGGCUCCCCGAGGGGAUCCUGGUACCCCAAAAGGAUCCCCAGCACCCCGAGCGGGCCCCGGCACAGCACCCCGAGAGGACCCCGGCACUCUGAGGGGAUCCCCAGCACCCCGAGGGGAUCCCCAGCACGGCACCUUGUAGGGCCCCGACACCCCGAGGGGACCCCUGGCAUGGCAUGGAGCUCUGUAGGGACCCCAGCACCCUGAGGGGAUCCUGGCACCCCGAGGGGACCCCCGGCACGGUGCCCUGAGGGGACCCCCAGCACCCCGAGGGGACCCCGGCACCCCGAGGGGAUCCCCAGCACCCCGAGGGGAUCCCCAGCAUGGCACCUUGUAGGGCCCUGGCACCCUGAGGGGACCCCCGGCACCCCGAGGGGACCCCCGGCGUGGCAGAGCCCGGCACGGUGCCCUGCAGGGACCCACAGCGCGGCACGGUCUGGCGCGGGGCUCCAUGGGGACCCCGGCGCGGCACCGACCCCCCACCCCCCCCCCCGGCGGCCAGAGCCGGGAUCCGGAUCUGGGCCUGGAAAUGGGGCUGGGGUCUGGCACCGGGAUCCGGCACCGGGAUCCAGUGCUGAGAUGUGGCACCAAGACACAGCACCAGGAUCUGGACGUGGGAUCCAGCCCUGGGAUCCAGCACCGGGAUCCAGCCGUGGGAUCCGGCACCGGGAUCCAGCCGUGGGAUCCGGCACCGGGAUCCAGCCAUGGGAUCCGGCACCGGGAUCCAGCCGUGGGAUCCGGCACCGGGAU